ACAUCUUGCCGCGCCCUGCCUACUGCGAUUGGACUCGCCGCACGAUAUCUUGUUAUUCUAUCUCGAACACAUACCUACGCACUGACCUGCAGCAGGCCGGCAGGCCCGCCUGAGCGGCCAGGAGCUGCUGUGGAAGUCUAGCUCAUGGCAGACGCAUCAGACUAUCCUGAAGACAUUCAAUUCGCCGGUCUUGUACAAGCAGCAACUGCGGCCGCCGACGAACAGACUCGCGAUCCGUCGUCGCUAGGAAAGCGCAAACGAGAUGACCAUGUCGUUGAACACGUUCAUACACUAGAUGAAGGCGGCGUUGGAGAUGCCCCUGAUCCCGCAGCUGCGUCGAGUCCUGCGCACCUUCAGAGUUCUGCGUCUGUCUUGUUCCGAGAACCUUCAUCCAAGAGUAGGAAACACAGCAGGCCGCCGCUGGGAAAGGUGUUUGCAUCUUUGGAGCUGGCUCCAGAGAACUUCUUGCGGCUUCAGACUGCUGCCAAGGCGUUCAUGCUGGACGAGGCUCAUCCUGAGCGAAGAGAAGUUGUGGGCCCCAAGAAAAAUGCGGGUGGCUCGGAUUUGGCCAAGCUAAACUUGUGGAAUUGCGUUGAGGAGUUUCUCUCCGUCCAUGGCUAUGGGGAGAGGUAUUUCGCACCUGGUGCGGGAGAGGGAAUUCCCGGAGCACCUCACAGAACCCUAUUCUGGCCUCACGACAGCCAGACCAUCAUAAAGCUAAUGAUGCCGUUAAUGAGGAAGAUGGUCACCAAUGAGCGCCAGCGCAUCUAUGCUGCGGCGACCAGGAAACAAGGGUCGGCGAAAGAAUCGGGUGAGGAGCAGUCGCCAGCAGCUGUGGACGAGUCUAUCGUGUCCGACGGCAAGGUUCAUGAGACGAUUUACGUGGACCAAGAGUCUGGGGUCCAUACGCCCAUAGCAGUGCAAGAAGACAUCCCCAGCCUGUCGCCACAUGUGUCACAGCCGAUCACAACUUUCAAGCAAUCAAUCGUCCUCCAUGUCAACGUGGUGUCAAAUACUGGCGGAGCACUGAGACGAGUGAUACCACGGUUUAGCUUGACACCAGAAGCAGCUCCUAGUCUGUCAGCUCUGCUUGCCGAGGUGGAGAAAAGGUACACCUUGCCGGCGAGAACAGGAGGUGCUCCUGGCGUGCAUCGCCGUCCACUCGUCAAGGUGUGGCUCACCGACGGCCUGGUGACGGUGGUGGAAGACGGAGAGUGGAUGGUUGCGCUGUUGAGCGCUGGAGUCGUUGACUGGAUGGACGGUGAAGUUCGAGUGCUCGUCGAAAUCUGAUACCGCACUACAAUGAUAAGUGCCCAGGGGGUUCUCGGCCGUCCUUUUCGGGAGCAUCGGGCUGCCAACUUUGGCAGCCAAAGCCUCACAGCCUCCCUGAUCGGCGAGCUUCCCGAAUCUAGAAAAAAGAUUCUAGGGCUGAAUUGAUUCUUCGGGGUUUAAAGAUGGCGCCACAUGAAUCCCGAAGACAGGGACAGCGAACAAGUGUCGCAGCCUAAUGCAAGCCUCGUUCCUGGCGCUCAUGCUUCUAGCAACACGGCAUCUUCCACGAAGCUCCCAAAACGUAAAACUGCAGGUGGCCUAUCUCUCGACUUGUCGACAGACCAAGGCUGAUCGACAUUCUUCUUCCCUUUUUCUGCUGUCCUUCAGAGCACGAGCUGCAGCUUGACUCGACAGAAAAUGCUCCGGCGCAGGUGGCGAACGU